GAGCUAUAUGUAACAUAGCUGGCUGAAGUUUUGAAUGAAUGUAAAAUGUUCGCUUCAUAAAUCAACUGAGAGUACCUUUUACGCUACGUCACCAAAACAUUAUAAAUUACACAUCCGGCACUCCUUUUAAGCACAAUAUUUACGUGAACAAGUUGUCUUUGAAGUGCUCACCUUCUUCAGUAAAUAAAGUUUUAAAAUCGCAACAACGAUUUACAUUCGAGUUUAUUCUGGUAUAAUUUUAAUUUUGGGUAGUGUUACUGUAUGUAAACGUUUUGUUGGUCUGCCUGAAGCUGGUUUUGUAACUGGUUUUACCCAGUUUUUACUUGAUUCGUUUGCUAGUUUCCAUUUACCAAACUAAAAUUUUUGUGCUGAAAGUUGACCUAAAAGUGAAACUUACCACUUUCCGAAUAAAUUAAUCGUUACUUUUCCGGAUGUCUGGACUUGGCGGUGGUUUUCCAGCGGACAAGCUUAGUCGAAACAGACUUUACUAUGACGCUCUCUACGGUCCAAACCCCCUAGUACAUCAGCAACAGUACCCCGAGUACAGAUCGAAUUGGGUGCCGCCUCCCCCUCCCCCGCCUCCGCCCUACCCCUAUCACAGAUACUACGCACCACAGCCACCGCCACAAAAACCAGACAUGAUGGAGCUCAUGAUGAUGCAGAGCGCUCAGUUGAACCAGGCUAUCAUGCAGAACAUGCUCUUGGAGAGACUGGCCCCACCACGCGAAGAGCCGAAGCCUGUGGUGUACUACGUGCAACAACCUCCGAUGAGACUGCCCCCCAGACCAAAUGAACUCAACCCCGACUCUCCAUUUGUGACGCCGGAUAUCUACUCUGGCGAGUUUGAUCCACAGCUAGCUCUUUACGAGUCCCACCUCGCCGGUCUAGUACCCUACGACCCCUAUCUCGGAUACCCCAAAGGCAUGGGGUCCGCGGACGCCGAUGAGCAAUCGGCGCUUUUCGGAGGCCGGGGUUCGGAUGGGCCAGAUCCGGUUAGUGUUAUUGGGGGCGGCGUUGAACAACAGAGAAGACCAAAGAGUCCGCCAGCGACAUCGGCUGCGACAGUUUCAGCUUCGAAAGUGUUGAACAAAGAUGACGUCGUCGAAGUUGCCGACAUUCCCCCUCCCCCCUCUCAAUAAGGGAGAAGCAGACAAGAGAAAAUUGUUCACACGAAGACUUCCUUGGACUCUAAAUUAAUUGUCCACCCAUAUUUCAGACCUCAGCCACCUCCACCCCCUGAACCUGCGGCUGCCCCAAAAUCCGACAACAUCGUCUAUUUGCCGAUGCCAUCAAAAAAGUGACCAAACUCUAGGAGCAAUUCAUCAUCAGGGAGUUCAUCAAAUUCUGGGAAUUCAUCAGGGAUAUAUUAGUUUUUUCAGGCUCUGUUCGGCCAUCGACACGAAAUAAACCCAAGGUCACUUGCUUUAUACAAAAUGGAGCAGUAAAUGUAAAUUUAAUUUGUAAAUACAUAUUUAACAAUGACAAAAAUUAAUAAAUCAGGGAAACUAUUUUAU